AUGUCGGACCCCGAGCUCCUAGCUAAAAUCAUCUAUUUCGAGGAACAGGCCCUUCUCAACCUUUCAGACGAUGAGCUAUAUAUCCCUGACGAAAGUGUGCUUAACCUUGAACGCGCGCUGGAAGAAUCAAAACAUAUACUAGUAACCUCACUACCGAGCCGUUCGGGCAGUUUCAAUGGACCAACGCUUCGAGAAAUGCAGGCACAGUUCGAGGAGCAUACAGAGAGACGGCGCACUUCUAAUCGGCAAAUUAAUCAAAAGUUAAUUCGGUCGACUACGGUACCACCAACCGAACCCGCCAAGAGCGUCCAAAUUCCCAAGUCACGCAACGGUCCUAAUGUAGGUACAGAUAGUGGCAAAAGUCGUUUGAAGAGGACGAUAUCUCUGUCCCAAAUAUUCCACAAAGAAUGUACUCCGUUUUACAAACGCGCGGGCGCCAUUCCUCAUGAGCUCAAAAAUGGAAAAAUUGUGAAGCCUGCCGAUAAUAUCAGGCUCUUCACUGGAAAUAAGCAAUUGCUCAAAGAGAAGAUCGUCUACUUCUACCCUAAUGAUGAUAUCUCCAUGGCACGACGAAGACGCAUUCACAAGGUCAUUCAGCUUGGUGCUGCAUGGGCGGAUAAAUGGAGCGAUAGUAUCACACACGUUAUGUUCGAUGAUGGGACGUACACAUAUACUCAAUUGGUGCGGCAUCUCGGCAGACCAAUAUCUCCAUUCGAUCCAUAUGUGCCGCAAUGUAUUAGUCGUGGGCAGCUCUUAGAUCCUACCGUUUCAUACUUUGCUGUAAAAGGUACCCAAGGGGUAAGCGAACUUGAUCAAGGACCAGACCUCUCUUAUACAUCAACUACGUCGCAAAACUCGCUACAGAUACAAUCCUCACAAAGAAAGAAAGCGACACAGGAGACACAAAAGACCGACUCUCAUCCCACGGAAGAAAGUGUACCUUCCACUCAUCCCUAUACAGAUGCAGCGCCCUCAAGUCCUCUCGAAGAAACAGUAGAAGAUAGCUUCAUCAUGUCCUCUCCAGGGGCUGCUAUAGUCUCCGUACAAAAGGGCAGAGAUCAAUUUGGGAAUGACCUGUUUCAAGCCAUCCAGGAGGCUAGAUCCCUCGCGUACCUACCCAUUGAUGAAGAUGAAGAAAUGGAGCAACUUAGUUCAACAUGUGUGAACACUAUAGAGAACUCGAACAUGGAUCAAGAGCUAUUGCCAAUGGGUACUGAUUACCUCAAGAGGCUCAGUGUUUUGUCAAAAGUAUCAGCGUUUCGCGACAAGAAGUCAUUCAAUAUGAACAGUUUUCAAUGUAUGGAUCCAAGUUCCAGUAGCCAUAUUUCAUGGAACCCAAACGCCCGAACAAUUCAGAUACUAGAAGAGAUGUGCAAGUAUUACGAUAGUAUGCAGGACCAAUGGAGAACCCUAAGCUACCGAAAAUGCGUUGCCACUCUGAAGAAACAAACGGUCAAGAUCACUACUGCAGAACAAGCCGCAAAACUGCCUUCUAUCGGUAGACGCCUUGCCACAAAAAUCGAAGAAAUCGUGCUCGCAGAUCGCCUCCGACGACUCGAAAGUACCCGUCACAACCCCCAGGACGUAUCCCUACGUUUGUUCCUCAGUAUUUAUGGCGUCGGCCUUGCCCAUGCCAACAAAUGGAUUCAAGCCGGCCACCGCACCCUCGACGAUCUCAAGACCAAAACCACCCUCUCUGAAAACCAGAAGAUCGGACUCGAACACUACCAUGAUUUCAACUCCCGCAUCCCACGCGCCGAAGUCGAAGUCCACGGCGCUAUAGUCGCCGCCGCACUUAAGGAAAUCGACCCAGAAUUCAGUGCAACGAUAAUGGGAAGCUACCGCCGUGGAGCACAGGACUCGGGCGACAUUGAUAUCAUGCUAUCACGACCCAACAUGUCACCUACCGCUAUGAGCACUACCGUCUUCGAAGUCCUCAUUCCACACCUACAAAAGACUGGCUUUCUCAAAGCCUCGCUAACGUCAUCCCGUUACAGCGACUCCAGCAGCUCAAAAUGGCACGGCGCAUCCUGUCUCCCUUUCUCCACCGUCUGGCGCAGAAUAGACUUCUUGGUCGUCCCGGAGCAGGAAAUGGGUGCUGCACUUUUGUAUUUUACCGGAGAUGAUGUUUUCAAUAGGAGUAUGAGGUUGUUGGCACGGAAGAAGGGUAUGAAGCUUAAUCAACGGGGGUUGUAUACGGAUGUUUUGAGAGGGAGGAAGGGUGAGAAGUUGAAUGAUGGAGUGCUGAUUGAGGGGAGGAGUGAAAGGAGGAUUUUUGAGAUUUUGGGCGUGCCGUGGAAAGAGCCGGGGGAGCGGAUUUGUUAG